AGGCUACUGCCUAUAUAAUACAUACAGAACCUACUUGAUGAUAUGGACUUGAAGAAGGGUCCUUCAUGGAGUGCUGUACGGUACAUGAUUGGUGAGAUACAGUAUGGAGGAAGAGUCACUGAUGAUUAUGACAAACACUUACUGAACACUUAUGCUAAACUUUGGUUUGGUGAGCACAUGUUCCAACAAAACUUUAGAUUCUGUAAUUGCAAAGUGUUUCCAAUCCCAGUGUUCAAGACAGUCGAGGAUUACAUCAGUUACAUUGAUUCCCUUCCCAUGGUCAUCACUCCUGAAGUCUUUGGAAUGCAUCCUAAUGCUGACAUCACGUGAGUUAAU